CGGCGCUCGUGGAGCAGCUUCUCGUCAGUCCGUCCCAACCGCUGCCCGAGCCCGGGGCUCUCCGCGGCCCUCGGGACGGGAAAGGAAGGAACCCGCCUUGAGCCGGCCGAGCUCCCUCAGCCUGCUCGAGGGGUCCGGCGGGGGUGUCGCUGCGGCCGCCUCCCCCUUCCCCACAUGGCGGCCCCCCUAAAGAAGGGCCCCGGGGGCCUCAUUGGCCUCAUGAAGGACGCCUUCCAGCCCCAUCACCACCACCUCGGCCCCCACCAGCCCGGCACCGUGGACAAGAAGAUGGUCGAGAAGUGCUGGAAGCUGAUGGACAAGGUUGUGCGUUUAUGUCAGAACCCCAAGCUGGCACUAAAGAACAGUCCUCCCUACAUUCUAGACCUGCUUCCUGACACCUACCAGCACCUGCGAACCAUCCUGUCCUGCUACGAGGGAAAGAUGGAGACUCUGGGAGAGAAUGAAUACUUCCGGGUGUUCAUGGAGAACCUGAUGAAGAAGACAAAACAAACCAUCAGCCUCUUUAAAGAAGGGAAAGAAAGAAUGUAUGAAGAGAAUUCCCAGCCGAGGCGCAACCUGACCAAAUUGUCUCUGAUCUUCAGCCACAUGCUGGCAGAACUGAAAGGCAUAUUUCCAAAUGGACUCUUCCAAGGGGACACUUUCCGAAUCACGAAGGCAGAUGCAGCCGAGUUUUGGAGAAAAGCCUUUGAGGAGAAGACUAUUGUCCCAUGGAAAACCUUCCGCCAAGCAUUACACGAAGUCCACCCCAUCAGUUCCGGCCUGGAAGCCAUGGCAUUGAAAUCAACCAUUGACCUGACAUGCAACGAUUACAUUUCAGUGUUUGAAUUUGAUAUUUUUACCCGUCUAUUUCAGCCCUGGUCGUCUUUGCUUCGAAACUGGAAUAGCCUUGCAGUGACUCAUCCUGGCUACAUGGCAUUCCUGACCUACGAUGAGGUCAAAGCCCGGCUUCAGAAGUUCAUUCACAAACCCGGAAGUUACAUUUUUCGUCUGAGUUGUACCCGACUUGGUCAGUGGGCAAUUGGCUAUGUCACUGCAGAUGGAAACAUCCUCCAGACAAUUCCCCACAACAAACCUCUUUUUCAAGCACUGAUUGAUGGCUUCAGGGAAGGCUUUUACUUAUAUCCCGAUGGAAGAAACCAGAAUCCGGACCUGACCGGCCUGUGUGAGCCCACACCCCAGGACCACAUUAAAGUCACCCAGGAGCAGUACGAACUCUACUGUGAGAUGGGCUCCACUUUCCAGCUCUGUAAAAUCUGUGCCGAAAACGACAAAGAUGUGAAGAUAGAACCCUGCGGGCACCUCAUGUGCACCUCUUGUCUCACGUCAUGGCAGGAAUCGGAGGGGCAGGGAUGCCCGUUCUGCCGCUGUGAAAUUAAAGGCACGGAGCCCAUUGUGGUGGACCCUUUCGAUCCCCGAGGAGGGGGAGGGCUUCUGAGGCCAGGGGCAGAAGGAACCCCCUCUCCAAAUUACGACGAUGAUGAUGACAGAACGGAUGAAUCCCUGUUCAUGAUGAAAGAGCUGGCUGGUGCAAAGGUGGAACGUCCUCCUUCUCCAUUUUCAAUGACUCCCCAGGCAGCCCUUCCGCCAGUACCUCCACGGUUGGACCUUCUGCAGCAGCAGCAGCGGGUGCCCAACCCACCUGGAGCUUCGAGCCCAGGAACCACUUCCAAGGCUGUACCUGGUUCUCUCCACAAAGACAAACCUCUGCCGAUCCCACCAACUCACCGAGAUCUUCCACCACCUCCUCCUCCAGACAGGCCCCACGCCAUUGGGGCAGAGUCUCGGUCCCAGAGACGACCCUUGCCUUGCACUCCAGGAGACGGCCCUUCCAGGGACAAGCUGCCCCCCGUGCCCUGUAACCGUCAGGGAGAGCUCUGGCCCUCGCGACCCCUGCUGAAGGCUCCCACUGAAGCCUGGGCCAAUAGGGAGUUGAAGAACCGGCAUUCCCUCCCCUUCUCGCUGCCUUCUCAGAUGGAGGCCAGGGUGGAGCCUCACAGACUGGGCAGUACUCUGAGCCUGGACACUCCUGUGAAUCAACUGGGGCUUCCUGCUGGCUUAGACAGCGAGCAUUCUAAAAUCAAACCAUCUUCUUCUGCCAAUGCCAUCUAUUCUCUUUCUAUAAGAUCAUUGGUUGCCCCAAAACUGCUCUCUGGAGAGGCCUCUGGGAAUGACGAAGACUCCGAGUACAUGUCCCCUUCCUCCUUGCCACUGGUGCCCCCUGGCUGUGCGGGACAAAAACCCGAUGCCAAGCUGCCUUCGGAAAUGAAUCCUGGUUCACGCGUCUUGGAAGGUGAGCAGGAAAUGGAGGGAAUGACUUACGAAGCGAUGUUCAACAUUCAGUCCCAGGCAGCACCGUGUUCCUCCGAAGCUGCCAGCGUGCCUGACGUAGGUGAUAUGGUAGCUGAGGACGACGUCCCCAACGGUCCCGAGGAGUCGGAGAACGAGGAAGACGGUUACGAUGUCCCCCACUCGUCCGCCCAGCCCGCCGCCGCCGCCACCACUCGCCGCACUCUGUCCGAUAUCUCCAAUGCAGCCACUUCCUUCAGCCGGGCCUCUCUGGACGGCGAACUUCUAACAGAUGCCUCGGACGUCUCCCAGGUUCCCGAGAGGCCCCCGAAACCUUUGCCCCGGAGAAUAAACUCUGAACGGAAGGCGGGUAGCGGCUGCCUGCAGGCCAGCGGAGCAGGACCGGUCCCCGUGGCCUCCCCGCAGCUCUCCUCCGAGAUCGAGAACCUCCUGAGCCAAGGCUACGCAUAUCAGGACAUCCAGAAAGCCCUGCUCAUCGCCCACAACAACAUUGACAUGGCCAAGAAUAUCCUCCGGGAGUUUGUCUCCGUUUCCUCCCCCACGCACGUGGCCACAUAGCACGCCCCCCUCCUCCUCUCUCUUGGCCCUACCUGGAGCCCCGUGGGUCCACCUACCCGGGCAGCCUCUUGCCCGCACCGGCCUGGAGUUGAGCAGAGGCUUCUGGAGGGAUUCCCCUGCAGAGCCAGGCCCAUCUCUGCUGAGAUUCGGUCAUCAGGGUUUUUGUGCGAGUCCAGGUGUUCUUUUCCCCCCGAGUGGCGUGAAACGGAGCAGAUAGGUGUGUGUCUCCAACAGUCUUCAUGUACCUUUGCCCGCCCAUCCAACACCUCCCCAGCCCCACCUUCCCCCUCCUUGCACUUUUCUGAUUGGAGAGAACUCUGGAUAGACCGGUCACCGGUUUCCUUUGCCGUUAGAAUACGGGGAAGGGUUUGGUCAACUUGUCUCGUGCUGUGAAUAUCCAACCGGAGGCCAAGAUGCUGAAGGUAUCUCCCCCCCCCCCCCAAUCCCUGGUGGUUUGGGAUACUGCACGCAGGCCUCCUUGCUGCUGUAUGUUUUGGCUCAGGCUUCCCAAAUCCUCCGCCGUCAGGUACAGAUUCUUGACGAAGCCGGAGGUUUCAACGCCUACUUUUUCCCUCUGCCAACCCUUCUCUUUCUCCCGUCGUGUUCAGUGCGCCUUCGGAAGUCAGCCGCUCCGCUCCGCCACACACUGGAUUCCACAGCGUGGUAGAUGCUGACAGCUCUCCGGGGAAGGUGUCCGGGCGGGUGUCUGGGCUACCUUAGCAGCCUCCAGCCUUUUCUCCUUCGAAGUUCCCCGGGCCGGGUUGGGCCAUAGCAGCCGUCUCCGUGAACAUUCCUGAUGUGAUGAUGAACGGAGCUGCCCAUUUUAGCAGCCUCGUGUGGCUCUUCCACCUCCCCUCGUUUACCUGUCAAACUCCUAAUUAAAAGUUAACCACAAGCAUGGUCCCUUAGACACUUAACAGGGAAAAAAAAGUGUUAUGUAGCAACCCCUGGAACCUCUCACCUGCUCAGUAGUAGAAAUGCAACCAUUUUGGGUUCGGGGCGUCUGUGGAACAGUAUAAAAGACCACAACUCUUCUUUUUUCCGGCCUGUUUAUAUCAGGAACAAAAGAAAGUCUGUCUGUUGGAAGGACGUUGUCCAUAAAACACGCUGCCUUUGCGACGCCUUGACUUGAGCUUUUGAUGUUACUUUUCCUGGGCACUCAGGGAAGAGAUAUGACGAAGCUGUUUUGGUUUUCUAGGGAAAAGUCAGCAAAGAUUCUGUUUCUCUCUCUCUCUCUCUCUUUCUCCUUCCCCUCCACACUUUUCCUCUUUCCUCAUCUGCUUCCCUAGUUUUUCUGUACCACCUGCAGGGCGAGAGCAUGUUACCCUGGCAUGAAAAUGGACACCUCGAGGUCCCCUGCACGAUUGGCUUCUGUGUUUUAAAUAGCAUUAAUUCCUCCCCACUAAUUAAGGAUGCUUUCGUUUCUAAGAAGGCCGGAGAAGAGAGUUUCCGUGGAAUAAAUGUUUCCUCCUCAGGAGGUGCAAAGUGGUCUUCUAUGGGCAGCAGAAGGCACCAACCAGAUGGCCAAGACCUCAUGGGGGGGGGGGGCUCCAACCCCACCCCCUCUUCUCCACACACACACACCCCCAUUGGAAGUUGACGAGGCCAGCCCAAUCUUCCUGCCUGCAGGUGACUCCAGAUAAAAUAUGUGAUGCUUGAAGGCCUCGCGGAAAGGGCCCUGCGAAGGAGAUGGUGACGGCACCUAGAAGCACGGGAAUUGUACGCCCUGGCUUCAAGGAGAACUUUAUUUUUUAAAGUUGCAGUGGCUUUGCUUCCUUCCACCCCCCAAGUUUAAAAAUCGGUGGAAGUCUUUUCUGUUUCUCUCCAGGAUGAUGGCUAAAUCUGGGUCAGUUGAGGAGUCCCUUUCUUGAAUUCUUUGCAAAACUGAAGAAGCUGUUUGUGUGAUCCCGGGGGAAUUGUGUUGACACUCCUUGCUGGAAGUGGGAUCGUGGCAUUGUAUCAGCCCACAAGGAGAGGCAGUUCUUCUCCUGCGGGUGCCAUGCCAUGGAUUAGAAAGAGCAGAGCCAGCCCCGCCAUGCCGUGUAGCCGGCCGGGUUCCUCUGCAUGCGUUCCUUUCCUUUCCCUGUCUUAAAUUUCAAUGGGACGUAUUUUGGGGGAAGCGUCUUUCUUUAGGAACCCCAUGAAUGUCACAGUCCAGCAAGCAGUAGGGA